AUGUCAGACGUGUUUAAAUCAUGGUACUCUGGUCGCAUGGGGAGCAAGAACGAGGUAGGCAUUUUGGUUGAUAGGGAUCUCCGGGAGCUAGUGGUGGAGGUUAAGAGAGUGAGCGGCAGGCUUAUGAGCAUUAAGCUAAUCGUUGGGUUUUUUACCUUAAACGUGAUUAUUGCGUACGUUCCCCAAGUGGGCUUGGACAAGGAGGUUAAAAGGCUCUUCUGGGAAGACUUGGAUGGGGUGGUGUGUGGUAUCCUGCACACUGAGAAGCUUUUCAUAGGAGGAGAUUUCGAUGGCCAUAUUAGGCGGCAUCUGGGGGUUACGAUGAUGUGCAUGGAGGCUUUGCAGCCUGGUUUUAUGGAAGUAGUUCAAGAGUCGUGGAAUACUCAGGUAGAAGGAAAUGCCAUGUGGAGAAUAAAGACAAAGCUGCAAACUCUAGCCAGAAACCUCAGUAAAUGGUCCAGAGCAAGCAUAGGCGACAUAUAUGAGCAGUUCAACAAUUGGGAAGUCAAAGUACAACGACUUGAAGAGUUGGAUUUUCACCACAACUUGGAGGAGCGAAGAGAAGAGCUGAAUAAAGCUCACGCGGAAUAG